ACACGGCUCACAGACCGGAUGUGUCGUCACCGUGUAUAUCUCUACGUAGUGCUGUCUGGCUGGUCACAGUGAAGCUAGCAGCUGAGCGGACGGACGGCGUGUUGACUGCUGCUAACGUUACUGUCGAACUGCAAUCCAACAAAAGGUACAUCUGAUUGUAGGAUUCUUAACAAGAAGAUAUUUAAAUCUGGUGAAAUGAGCCAAACUGACCAAUUCCCCCUUGACUGCAAGGUUUAUGUUGGGAAUCUAGGAAACAAUGGAAACAAGACAGAGUUGGAAAGUGCUUUUGGGUACUAUGGUCCUUUAAGAAGUGUUUGGGUUGCCAGGAAUCCCCCAGGCUUUGCUUUUGUAGAGUUUGAAGAUCCUAGAGAUGCAUCCGACGCUGUGAAAGAACUGGAUGGAAGGAACAUGUGUGGCUGUCGAGUGCGCGUGGAGUUGUCCAAUGGGGAAAAGCGCUCAAGGAGCCGCGGCCAUCCUCCAUCCUGGGGGGGGGGUAGACGCCCUCGCGAUGAUUUAAGGCGACGUAGUCCUCCAGUCAGACGCAGGAGGAGGAGCCGCAGCCGCAGCAGGUCUCUUUCAAGAGACAGAGGGAGACAACGGUCUCUCUCCAGAGACAAGAAGUGCCCAAGAUCCAUCUCACGGUCCAGGAGUCGCUCCCGGUCUAACGAGCGAAAAUGAGGACGUCGAGCGAUGGUUCAUCUGCAGGAUCUUGCUACGGUUGGGGGAAAAUACUAAAUUUUUAUAGUCAUGUUUUUCUUUUCUCUAGGGUCGGCCACGUUGCAUAUUGUGUAUUAGCAGUCUGUUGAAUUAACAACAAAGGACUUAAGUCUUUUCCUCCGAAAGCAAAUUCUAUCGUACCCUGCAUGUUGUGAAAUGGAUUACUGGAUUUAGUUUUACAUUACCAUCCUGUUUUUAAACUGUUGAAUUAAAGCUCAUGUGAUGUUUUUAUUUGUUUUUGUUUUGCUCUUUUUUUUAAAUUCUUGGUUGACUCUUAAAUUCCUGGCAGUGGGUUAAUGUGAGAUGCACCACCAGUAGGAGCAUACGUUAGUGAUACCAAUCAGACUGGCAACAAAUGAUGUUAAAUACUGGUGCUGUUAUUUGCAGGCUAUCCUUGAAGCCAAAACAUCUGUAAUUCUGUGUUUUACCUAUCACUUUUUUGCAAAAAAAAAAAAAAAAUGCAUUUACUCUAUUCAACUAUGCUUGACUCUGACAAAUUGUGCUGCAGUUAAACAACUUGUUCAAUAAAUGGUUUUCCAAGGUGA